AAGACGCAGAAGCGGAAGAGACGUGGCACAUAAACAGAGAGAGGACGGAACCAGCUAGCUGCAGUCAAGUUUACUGAUGACAGCUCCUGGGGUGAAUUGACAAGGAAGCUUAAAUGACAGUUGUGCAACAUUACCUGAAACGAACGGGACUUGAGUAAAGUCUGUUUGACAGGUAACACAGCGCAGGUGGCUAUGGGUCUCUGCAAGUGUCCGAAGAGAAAAGUGACCAAUUUAUUCUGCUUUGAGCAUCGUGUAAAUGUGUGCGAGCAUUGCCUUGUCUCCAACCACAACAAGUGUAUUGUGCAGUCGUAUCUGCAAUGGCUUCAGGACAGUGAUUACAACCCCAACUGUACUCUGUGUAAUAAUCUACUGACUGCUCAAGACACUGUCCGACUAGUCUGCUAUGAUGUGUUUCACUGGUCCUGUCUUAAUAACUUGGCAUCUCAGCUGCCCCUCCAUACGGCUCCAGCGGGAUACCAGUGUCCCACCUGUCAGGGUCCAGUGUUUCCCCCUUCCAACCUUGCCAGCCCAAUUGCUGAUGUGCUGAAAGAACAGCUGUCAUCUGUUAACUGGGCUAGAGCUGGUUUAGGGCUGCCGCUGAUUGAAGAGCCCAUUGGGGUCCUUGAGGAGACCACAGCUAAUGAUGUCACUGAUUAUACUGACUGGUCAACAUUUGAUGCACAAGAACAAAGUAACAUUUACCCCAGCCACUCUUACACCAGCCUCAGCCCACCACCAAAUUCUGUCUCUCCUCCAGCACAGGAAGACCUUGGAGGUCCUCGUAAAAAUGGGGAUCCAAAUAUGCAGGAGCACUCUGUGAUCAGCUUAACUACUGCCACUACCUGUGACACAAUUACAAUACACACAGCAUCGUCACCAAGAAAGAUCUACAACACACGGGACAUUGGACACAGCUCUGUCACACAGAUUGACAUUGAUGACGACAAGUACCGGCGACGACCAGCGUUAAGUUGGUUUGCUCAAAUUCUCAAAAAUCGCACAGGUGGAAAACGGACAUCUCUGUCCUGGAAACAGCGGGUCUUCAUGCUUCUUCUGGUCGGCGUUCUGGGAUUCUUUACGUUGAUAAUCAUCAUGGCGAAAGUUGGACGUGCCUCCGCUGGCUCAGACCCCAAUUUAGAUCCUCUUCUUAACCCCAACAUCCGAGUGGGGAAAAACUGAUAACAAGCAUUGAUUUCUUCUCUUACAUUCUGUGUUACACAAUAUAAGCCUGUGUAUAACAAGCUGAAAUGGGACUUUCCAAUACAUGGUUAGCCCAACAGAGGGAGCCGUUUACUCAACUUGAAUGGAAAAGAGAAAGAGACGCUGCACCUCUUUAGAAUGGAGGCAAUCUCUGGCUCCAUUCAUUUACAUCAGGCAGUAGGAACGUGCCAGGGCCCUUCACAGACCAUAAAAAAAUCUCACAACAUUUAGGAGCUUUCCUGUGAUCCAAGCAAAGCAACCCACAAACUCCAAAGGUGACCAAGGCCUGGUGCAUAUAGAGGAAUGAUCCAGUAAUUAUUGCUUUGAAAAGCUAAUGAUGAAGAGGGGGUAUUUAUAUUUACAAUUCCAGCUAACAUUUGUCAGUGAUCUCUUAAGUUGAUUUUUUUUUUUUUUUUAAGUUCAGUAGAAACUAAAUAAACACUGUCGAUGUUGGAAAAAAAACAUAUUUUGCUGGCAGACAAGUCAAAAUGUAUAUAAUCAGCAAUGAAACAUUCAACAUUCACGUUUAUAAACUGAUUCCACUUGUUGAUUUGAUUUGAGUGGACUUUCACAGUGCAUUUCUCCUGUAGAGAAGAUGUGGCCUUCAGAACUGAAAUCAAAUAUACCCCAAACAUAAUUAAUACAUAACUAUUUAUGGAUGUCUGCAUUACUUCUGAAAUUGAGUGCAUUGCUUUUAGAUUUGCCAUACAUAAUGUAUGUACAUUUUCCUGAUGUUUUUUGACUGUCUAUUAAAUGGGGAUAAGUAUUAUAA